AAUGCUGAGCGCGCGCGAGAACAAUAAUAAGAUCGUGUUUGCGGUCGCUGCCCGAGGAGGAAUUCGGAGGAGGCGCGAGGCCCGGAGCUCGCACGGAACCCAGAAGCUCGGCGGGGAGGCGGCGGCUGCCUGAGGCUGGCGACGCGGCUCCUGUGAGCAGCGCGCGGCGGCGGCGGGACUCGGCGCGGCCGGACGCGGGCUCCCCUCCCCCGCAGCCGGGCGGGGAUCUGCGGGAGCCCCCCGCCCACCGCUCGCCUCGGCCGCUGCCUCGCCGCUCUCCCUCGUCGGAGCGGCCGCUCGAGCGCCCGGCUCGAGGCCCGCGGGGAGCGCGGCGCGGUUCCGUCGUCCCGCGGAGGGGCGGCCUCCCGGGCAUCUUCGCGGCGGCCAAGGACCGGCGAGCAGGGGAACGACCGGGAUGGCGCGUCCGCGGCCCCGCGAGUACAAAGCGGGAGACCUGGUCUUCGCCAAGAUGAAGGGCUACCCGCACUGGCCCGCCCGGAUUGAUGAACUCCCAGAGGGAGCUGUGAAGCCUCCAGCAAACAAGUACCCUAUCUUCUUUUUUGGUACCCAUGAAACUGCAUUUCUAGGUCCUAAAGACCUUUUCCCAUAUAAGGAAUACAAAGACAAGUUUGGAAAGUCAAACAAACGGAAAGGAUUUAAUGAAGGAUUAUGGGAAAUUGAAAAUAAUCCAGGAGUGAAAUUUACUGGGUACCAGACAAUUCAGCAACAGAGCUCUUCAGAAACUGAGGGAGAAGGUGGAAAUACUGCAGACGCAAGCAGUGAGGAAGAAGGCGAUAGAGUAGAAGAUGGCAAAGGCAAAAGAAAGAAUGAAAAAGGAGGCUCAAAACGGAAAAAGUCCUACACGUCAAAGAAGUCUUCUAAACAGUCCCGGAAAUCUCCAGGAGACGAAGAUGAUAAAGACUGCAAAGAAGAGGAGAACAAGAGCAGCUCUGAGGGUGGAGAUGCUGGCAAUGACACAAGAAACACGACGUCAGACUUGCAGAAAGCUGGUGAAGGGACCUAACUACCGUAAUGAAUGCUGCAUAUUGAGAGAAACCACAAGAAGGUUAACUGUUUGAUUGUCUAAUUCUUGGAUUUGAUAUGAACCAACAGUCUUUGUUGUCAUUGACAGAGCCCCAGUAUGUGUGUGCAUUAGUCACAUUCCUCUCUGUUCUGUUGAAGGAAAAAGAGACAUUUUAACCUUUUUAAGGUUAUUGACUUUAUUUUAUGUUAUUUGGUUGCAUGAAGUUGCUCUUAAUCACUAAGAAUGAUGAUUUUGCAGACUUCUGUGUCUAGGCUCCUUUUUCAAGGCAGUCCAAGUCAUCAGCUUCCUGCCUCUUUCCCACCAUCAUCAGAUACUCAGCUAAAUAGUAAUUUGUAUUGUUAGGUGACUGCUCAGCUUAAUACUUCAGGAUGGGAUUUUCUUUAUAGCAGAACCCAAGAACCAACUCCUAGAUACAUACUGUUGGUGUAUUGGAGAUGAAGUUAGAGUCAUCUUUCAGUUUUAAGGCCAUGUGUAAAGUUUUACCAUAUGUACAAUACCUAUUCUGUAUUAGAAAUAGCUAGUUGAAACUUAUUACUUCUCAAAACUCAUGUUCCUGUGUCCACAAACUGAGUUUAUAUGUGAACUUGGUGAGUCUUUUUAUGUCAUACCAAAAUAAAGCAAGGAUUUUUUUUUCCCAAAGCCAAUAUGAUUUGAGCUAAUCACUCAAGAUGGUCACUUUACACUGAAAGCUGAACUCGGCAGGAGCACUAUGGGAAACAAAGCAUCAACUCUUGAAUUCAGAGUUUAAAAUAGACUUUUCUUUUAGAACUAGAAUUAGGGUAGUUAACGUUCAUCUGCCAACCAUUAUUACGUGUGCAUUGUUGUCCCUCUUGUGAUAAUAGAGUCUUAUUUAUUUUUAUGCCAGCUUAUACUGUGAGAACACAUUAGUCAGUUUGGGUUUCAUCAACCCUGCUAUGCUUGUCCUUGGAAGAUCUUUUGUGUAUGUUUGAGGUUUGUAGCUGAAAAGUUUACUGUAAAAAAAAAAAAAUCAAAAACAAAAAAAUGUAUUGUUUUUACAGAAUAAAUUUAUUGGAAUGUGUACUGGGAGUAAGGUUUAAGGUUAUAAACAGCUGAGUUAAUGUUAUUUGGCUUCAUAUGUGUAAUGUGAAGUAUUAAUGUGUUUCCUGUAUUAUAGCAAAGAUUGACAGCAAAUUGACAUUAGAAUUAAGUGCAGGUGAAAAUUUUAUUUUUUCUAUCAUGUUUCUUUUUAAGUAUUCUGGAUGUUAGGUUAAGUGAAAGCCGUGCGGGGGCAGGAGCUGCAACAACAGGAGCUGUCUGCAGGUCUACGACAGCACAGCUCAGGGGACCCUGCAUUUACACACACGCAGCCUUCCGUGCAUCCCGUUUGCUUUUGGUGUUCUUACUUUGUUGAAGAACUAAUGAACGUGAAGAGAAAAUAGAAGAAGACCUGAAAGCCCAGUGUCGUUGUGACGAUGGCAGCGAUGCGGGGCUCUGGAUGCACUGGUCUACUCACCCCUCCCUUGAGGACAUCAGUGUCCUUCAGCCUUGCUCCUGUCCUUUAGCAAUCAGUGGUCCCUGUUGUACUCAUGCAGUUCCGCGUAUGGAAAAUUCAUUAAGAGACAGGCUGUUAAGUCAGGGUUUUUUCUUUAAAAGGUACUUUUUAAUUUUAAAUAUUUUAUUUUAAAAUAAUGAAAUUUGUCAAAAGAUCUCUUCAUUGUCAUGCAAAACAUGUGGAGAAAGUAGAUAGCAUUUUAAAUUGGAACGUAUAACAAAGGUUUUUGUUUGUUUGUUUGUUUGAGGCAGGGUUUCUCUGUGUAGCCCUGAUUAUCCUGGAACUCGCUCUGUAGACCAGGCUAGCCUGGAACUUGAAGAUCAGCCUGUCUCUGAAUCCCAAGUGGAAGGAUUAAAGGCAUGUGCUACCACUGCCUGGCACAGACUUCUUAAAUAAAAAGUUCAAAAUUUGUCAUGAAAAUGUAUAUGUAAAAUGCUUCAAAAUUAAUAAAGUUUAUCUUCAUAAACACCAAAAAUAAUUUUAUUGAAGGUAUACACAGAAACACAAGACAAAUAUUAUCAGCCAGCCACCAAUAAAACAAGUGUUCAUUAAGGCAACUAAUAAAGUUGAUUUGUGUCAUCUUAGCUAUUCAAAUUCACAAUAGAAGUUUUGACAGCAAUUUUUAAAACAGCAAUAAAUAAUACGCUUUCCUUGUGAAAACACUUGAAUCAAUUUAAAAA